UAAAGGAGUGACCUAAUUUGUAUGAAAUCGUGAGCCACAAAAUCUAAUCCCCAUUCUCAUACAAAAUACAAAUACAACUUAAUGGAUCGCUCACGUGUGUUUUCUGUUCUUUUUCUUAUGCUUUUUCUUGUGAUGACUACAGAAUUGGGGACAAAUGUAGCAGAAGCAAGAAUAUGUGAGUCAGCAAGUUACAGAUUCAAGGGAAUAUGUGUGAGCAGGACAAACUGUGCUAAUGUUUGCAAAACUGAGGGCUUUCCAGGUGGUCGCUGCCGUGGUUUCCGUCGUCGCUGCUUCUGUUACAAACAUUGCGCUUAAUUCUUAAAUAUUACCUCUUUUAAAUUUACACCGACUCUCACAAAAUAAAUUAUAUGGUGUUUUAAGUUCUCGUGGGAAAAUAGAAAGUAUUAUUUAUUUAUGAUUAUGGUUAUGGCUUUUUAAUUGAACUACCUUGAUCUUUAUUGUCAUUUUUCCUUUAUUGAUUAUCAUUAUGUAAUAAUCCUAUAGUUUACUUUUAUCAUAUGCUAUUUCAAAUGUGCUAAA